AUGAAUGAGUUGGUGGAAUAUGCUUCUCCAUCUAAAUUGAGAAAAGCGUUUUCUUUUAUAUUGAUUCACGGUGAACCGAAUAACCCACAUGAAUUGUGGGAAUCCUUUCGUGCUGCAAUGAUGGAGGAUUACUUACGUCACCACCCUGACGUACAGGCAGAACAAAUGGUGCUAGGUAAAAUUAAAGCGGUUAUUCAGCAAUUUGGUAAGCGUCUUACUGAUUUUGGUCUUCCUGCUUUACAGGAAGCUUUGCUUGAUGAUUUGCCAAAUGCUGAAGAAAUGAGGCAGGAGGCUCUAAAUAUCAGGCCUUUGUUAAAUGACGAGCAACUUCAUGUAGCUGAUUCUAUUAUAAAUGUCGUCACCAAUAAUAACAUUAAUGUUGCCAAUAUUUUCUUCCUAGAUGGGCCAGGUGGCACAGGUAAAACUUUUACAUAUAAUUACAUUAUUAAGGAAGUUAUUGCGAGAAAUCUGUGUGUUGCUACUUGUGCCUGGACAGGUAUUGCUGCUACAUUAUUGCAGAAUGGUAAGACUGUCCACUCUCUAUUCAAGUUACCAGUCCCUGUUUUAGACGGCUGUACAUGUAAUAUCAAACCCAAUAGUGAACAUGCAGCAUUUUUAAGAAGACAGGACAUCCUUAUAUUUGAUGAAGCAAGCAUGAUACCUAAAUAUGCUUUGGAAGCUAUUGACAGAAUGUUUAGGGAUAUAUGUAAUAGUGAAAUUCCAUUUGCAGGUAAAGUUAUUCUUUUGGGAGGAGAUUUCCGUCAAGUACUCCCUGUCGUCAGAAGAGCCGGACCUGCGCAAAUUGUAGAAGUUUGUUUAAAAAGCUCACAACUCUGGCACUUGACUCGAAUUUUCCACCUCCACACAAACAUGAGAGCUGGGGAAGGGGAGCAAGUCUUUGCUGAAUUUCUUUUAAACCUUGGUGGUGGUCAUUUGCAACAAAAACCAGAUGAUUCAAAUCAAGGUUGUAUUGAAAUUCCCCAUAAAUGUGUUCUGCAACCUAAUGAAAAUAUUGUUACUUCUAUCUUUAGUGAAUUAGAUGAUGUGGAAUUUUCACGUUGUGUCAUCUUAACUCCAACAAAUGAAAAAGCGUUGGAAAUAAAUGAACAAAUUUUGAAUCAAAUUCCUGGUGAUACCCGUACAUAUUACAGUAUCGAAUUUGUUCUUUCGGACGAUCAAGAAGAAAUUGAUUUAUAUCCCAUGGAGUUUAUUAAUUCCUUAACUCCAAGUGGUAUGCCACCACACCAAUUAAAUGUCAAAGUUGGAUGUGUUGUAAUGUUGUUAAGAAAUCUGUCCCUUAAAGACGGUCUUUGUAUUGGUACAAGGUUAAUGGUUCGGAAUCUGCGUGCAAAUGUUAUCAAUUGUGAAAUUCUUACCGGUAUCCGUAGAGGUGAUCGUGUGUUAAUUCCGAGUGUCCCUCUGUCCAAAUGA